AACUCUCCACACUCAGAUCUGCAGGAGGAGGAGGAGGGAUCUAAAUCUGAACUCCUGGAUCUGACUGACGCUGGCUACUGAGGUGGAUAUUUCCUUUAACAAAAAUGUACAGAAUUCAAGACCACUGGUCCCAUAGAUUUAACUUUCUGUCACACUUUGCUGGAAUCUACUGUUUUUCGGACGCGCAGUAACGUCAGUUAAAAGUGUUUUAAUCUUCUGGACGAGAAGGAGCUGGUCGGUAAACUCCAUCCAUGCUCGACUCGGCGAGGACAAGAACCACGGAGAUGUGAGUUUGUUCAGCUCGGGUCGGAUAAAAGAGCAACUAGGAGACGUGAAUGUGAGGCUACCUAAGGAGGAAGUAAAAGGUGGAUUUGAGCCGAAGUUAUGAAAAUGACCGGAGCCAUGGAAACUUCUUUCAAACUGGCUUUGAAGAAACCGCCCUCCCUACGGACAGCAGAGGAUCUGCACACUAUCUACAGCCACCUCUACCACAUGGACGUCCUCUCUCAUCUUAGGGAACAUCAGCUAAGGUCGAUGUGUACCUCGGCCAGGUAUGAGAGACAUGAGGCUAACCACGUCCUGUUCUACCCAGACAGCAUCGCUACCUGUUGGUACAUCCUGCUCUCUGGAUCUGUCUUCGUCAAGGAGCACAUGUACCUGACGAGGUGUUGCUUUGGCAAGCAGCUGGGAGGCAGACGAGGCUGUGAAUGCAUCACUUUGGAGCCGUCAGAAAUGAUUGUGGUGGAUAACGGCAGUGAGGGGGACGACAGUUUUCUUCAGAGAGAAGAAUCCCAACGGAGGUCCAGACGGCGCUUCAGGAGGGUCAACCCCAGGGGAGAGCGGGAACUCAUCACAGACGGCCAAGAACCCGCGGGCUACAACACGCUUCCUGCUGACCUUAAUAAGAUGCACCUUACAGACCACGCCCAUCAGCAGGUGAUGCACAUGCCUCCCAGCCAAUCAGGAUGCAGUAUCGCCAGCGACUCAGGGAGUAGCAGCCUAUCAGAUAUUUACCAGGCCACAGAGAGCGAGCUGGGAGAUGUGGACCUGUCUGGACUUCCAGAGGCUGCGGUGGACAGCGAGGAAGAGGAGGAAGAUGAGGACCUGGAGAGAGCUUCAGACACUCUUCUGGGCCGAGACCUGGUCCGAGAGAGUCUGGAAAAAGAUCCAGCCGACCGCAACGACGACGACAUCGAGCAACUACUGGAGUUCAUGCACCAGCUGCCUGCCUUUGCCAACAUGACCAUGUCCGUGCGGAGAGACUUGUGUAGCGUCAUGGUGUUUGAGGUGGUGGAGCAGGCUGGCACCGUCAUGCUGCACGACAAACAGGAGCUGGACCUCUGGUACGUUAUCCUAAACGGGGCAGUGGAGAUCAGCCAUCCAGAGGGAAGAGUGGAGACUCUGUGUAUGGGCAAUAGUUUUGGCAUCUCACCCUCACUGGACAAACAGUACAUGAACGGAGAAGUUCGCACCAAAGGGGACGACUGCCAAUUUGUCUGCGUCGCCCAGGAGGACUACUGGCGCAUCCUCAACCAUGUGGAGAAGAACACGCACAAGGUGGAGGAGGAGGGGGAGAUCGUGAUGGUGAAAGAGCACCGUGAGCUUGACCGCAGCGGGACCAGGAAGGGACACAUUGUCAUCAAGGGAACCCCGGAGCGUCUCAUCAUGCACCUGGUGGAGGAACCGUCGGUGGUGGACCCCACCUACAUCGAGGACUUCCUGCUGACAUACAGGACCUUCCUGUCAAAUCCCAUGGAGGUCGGCAAGAAACUGCUGGAGUGGUUCCAUGUUGACAGCCUCCGGGACACAGUGACGAGAAUAGUGCUGCUGUGGGUCAACAACCAUUUUAAUGACUUUGAGGGUGACCCGGCCAUGACACACUUCCUGGAGGACUUUGAGAAACAUCUAGAAAACACAAAAAUGAAGGGCCAUUUGCGGCUGCUGAACAUAGCAUGUGCAGCCAAGGCUAAGUGGAGACAGAUUACUCUGCAGAAGGCGUCCAGGGAGUCGCCGCUCUACUUCAGCGUGCAGGGCGGCAGCGAGAGAGGAUUCGGCAUCUUUGUUGAGUCGGUAGAAGUAGGGAGCAAGGCAGCAGAGGCUGGACUCAAACGGGGAGAUCAGAUCAUGGAGAUCAAUGGUCAGAACUUUGAGAACAUCUCCUUCUCCAAAGCUGUUGACAUCCUGAGAAACAACACACACCUCUCUCUCACUGCCAAAACCAACAUAUUUGUCUUCAAAGAGCUCCUCAGCAGGAUCGUGCAUGAGAAGAAGAACGGCGGGCCUCACAUUCCCAAGAUACAGGAGAAAAAAGGCAAUCGCUUCUCCAUCCCUGACCUUCCUGGAGACAUGGAGUUUCCUACAGACCAUAAGAGCACCAGGAAAAUGAAGGCCAACACUGUGUCAGGAGGACGAAACAAGAUUAGAAAGAUGCUGGAGAAGACGCGCUUCAGUAUACUGCCACCCAAACCAUUCAGGGGCCUGUUUGGUGAUGGUGGCAUGGGUCAGUCUCAGGACGACAGCAUUGUGGGUACCAAGCAGUGUCGUCACAGCGUGGCCAUCAUGCCCAUUCCCGGAAACCUGUCGUCCAGCAGCCCCGACCUGCUUCACCCGGCCUCUAGCGUCCUCGACUUCUCCAACCCUGCAGCCCUGGGACUGUACUACAUCCCAGACCAGGUGAUUCGGGUGUUCAAGGCCGACCAGCAGAGCUGCUACAUCAUCAUUAGUAAGGAUACUACCGCCAAGGAUGUGGUCGCCCACACUGUCAAUGAGUUCGGCCUCCUUGCAGCACCCGAGACCUACUCACUGUGUGAGGUAUCAGUUAGCCCAGAGGGAGUCAUAAAACAGCGGCGUCUGCCCGACCAGCUCUCCAAACUGGCUGAUCGGAUUCAGCUCAACGGCAGGUAUUACCUGAAGAACAAUAUGGAGACAGAGACGUUGUGUUCAGACGAUGAUGCACAAGAUCUCCUCAGAGAGAGUCAGAUCACUCUGCUGCAGCUCAGUACCAUGGAGGUCGCUGCCCAGCUCUCCAUGAGAGACUUUGAGCUCUUCAGGAACAUCGAGUCCACAGAGUACGUGGACGACUUGUUUAAACUGGACUCUUCGGUGGGAAGUGGGAAUCUGAAACAGUUUGAGGAGGUGAUAAACCAGGAGACCUUCUGGGUCGCCACAGAGAUCCUGAAGGAGCCCAACGCCCUGAAGAGGAUGAAGAUCAUCAAACACUUCAUCAAGAUCGCCCUGCACUGCAGAGAGUGCAAGAACUUUAACUCCAUGUUCGCUAUUAUUAGCGGUCUGAACUUGGCGCCAGUGAAUCGGCUACGGAGCUCGUGGGAGAAAUUGCCCAGUAAAUACGAGAAGCUGUUCGUGGACCUGCAGGAUGUCUUCGACCCAUCCAGGAACAUGGCCAAGUACCGCAACGUUCUGAGCAGCCAGAGCAUGCAACCACCCAUCAUCCCACUGUUCCCAGUGGUCAAGAAGGACCUCACCUUCUUGCAUGAAGGCAACGACUCCAAUGUAGACGGUCUUGUGAACUUUGAGAAGCUGAGGAUGAUCGCCAAGGAGAUCAGACACGUGGUGCGGUUGACCUCGGCAAACAUGGACCCUGCCCUCAUGUUCAGACAGAGGAAGAAGAGGUGGAAGAGUUUAGGGUCUUUGAGUCAGGGCAGCACCAACUCCAACAUGCUGGACGUGCAGGGCGGCGCCCAUAAAAAGCGAGUACGUCGCAGCUCGCUCCUCAACGCUAAGAAGCUGUACGAAGACGCCCAGAUGGCCAGAAAGGUGAAGCAGUACCUGUCCAACCUGGCGGUCGAGAUAGAUGAGGAGAAACACCAAAUCAUGUCCCUGCAGUGUGAGCCGGCUUACAGCACCUUGUCUAAGAACUUGAGUGAGAGACGAUCCACCAAGUCGGACAUGUCUCCAGUGUCUCUGCGGUCGGCUCUGCCCUCGGGGAAAACACAAAACAGGGUGUCACAAGUCCUUCAGGUCCAGGUCCCUCUGAACCCUCUACGGAAGAAGAGCACUGCCAAGGACAUAGGCCCACCCAACUCCUACUCUCCCCAGGUGGUGAAGAAACCUCCAGUGAACUCGUCAGAGGACUGGAGUACCAAGAGACCAUCUGAUGACACCGUCUCCACCAUCUCCUCCCUUCACUCCAGCCCCACGGUGUCGCCACAGGGCUCCCCACGUAAAGUGGGAGGCGUGGCCAAGUCCCAGAACUCCAGCCAGAUGAACUUGUCCGGAUCUUCGUCGUCACUGACCAGCGACGCCAGCACAAAGGCCGGCACCAACAGCCUGCGGAGCUACGGCAUAGGUUACACUCUCCUGCCAGCCGGUAAAGCAGACAACCUGUCGGACUCGAGUCACAGUGAGAUCUCCUCCCGCUCCAGUAUCUGCUCCGUCGACUCCGUGCCGGCUCCUGGGUCUGACGACCGAUGUAACAGCAGCAACAGGACCUAUAAUGCUGCUGCUGUUAAUACUUCUACAAAUACUACUACAACUUCUGCUGCAGUUGUUGAGAGCACAGCAGCAACUCAUGCAUACUUAAAUGCUGAGUACAACCAGCCCAGCACAAGUAGUUCCUUGUCAUUGGUUCGAGGAUAUGUUUCGCGAGCCUCCACCUUCACCUCCUCCAUCUCGACGGAGGAGCUGACCCCGGACCACACCUCUCUGGACUCUGUGGCGGACAGCGGCCGCGGCAGCUGGACGUCAUGCUCCUCCAACUCCCACGACUCCUUCCAGAGCCUCCCCCCCUCCUCCUGCCGGCCCUGGGACCACGGCAUCCACGGGCUCCCGCACACACACCUGGGCGCCUUCAAGCACACGCAUCUGGCCGGGCCGAUAGCCGAGGUCGAGGGCGCCGCUCACGCCUGGGCGAACGAAGAUGCCACUAAGCAUCACUCCAGAAACUCCAGCUCAGAUCUGUCCAAUCAGUCGCGGCAGAGCUGGGCGUCGUCCAGCUCGCUGUCGGACACCUACGAGGGGAAUUACGGGACGAUAAAGCGGCGAAACACCUCGGAGCACCCCUCCUCGCCAACCAACGAGGAAGGAGGGCAAAGCACAGACCCUGUCUACAAAACGGUGACGUCAAGCACAGAGAAAGGCCUGAUAGUGUACUGUGUAACAUCCCCCGCCAAGGAUGAGCGUUACCGAGCUCCCCCUCCCACCCCUCCAGGCUACCAGGGUCUGGCUCUGGGGGAUCUCGGCCUCACAGACGGAGUAGUAGGUGGGCCAGGAGGUCUCCUCCCCAGGCCUCCUCACCUCCGACCUCCCGACUACAGCGUGGCCCUGCAGAGGAGCAAACUCCUGCAGAACCCCGGAGCGGCCGGCGGUCUGGCUGAGGCGCGGAGGCUGGCUGGUAACCAUCACCUCUACCAGCAAGAGGCCCGGACAGCCGGCUCCACACAGGGCCACUCCAGACCGCCCAGCAUCUGCCUCCCACCAAAGGAGCUGGCUGACAGUGAGGACGAUGAGCAAGUGUCAGCAGUGUAAAGACAAGUUGUGUCGUUCAGGCUUUGGACUAAACCAGCAGCCUGCCAUAAAAACCUAUCAGAGCACAUUCUCCAAGCCCCGCCCACACAGCCCUCUGUGACAUCACCACAGACCAUGAUGCACCUCUCGACCAGACCAGUGGGUCUUGUGACCUCUCUUCUCCACUUCCCAAGACUUUUACAAUUAACUCUUUUUAAACCCAUUUCACAAAACAAAGAAGAAAAGAACGAUUUUAGAUACUUUUAAAAAGCUCUUAAACAAAGCAGAAAAAGGCGGGGGACGGACGUAAAAAAAAAAAAGGCCUCCUCAGAAUCAGACCACCACGUACCUCCAUCUUGCGUUCACAUUGGUUUUUACAGUUUUGAAAUGUUGUACAGUGAUUUUGUGUCUUAUUUUCAUUUGCAUUUCUGAGCUUUGCAACGUUUUAUGUGAGAAUAGUGAGGAGGAGGAGCAGACAAAGGGAUAGAAAGCUGUAGUGAGUAGUUUAAAUAUGACGGACAUCAGCUCGUGGGGAAUUCUUUUGUUUUGCUGUUUUUGUUCGUGGUUUGCUGUCAGCUCAAAAGAAGAUGAAUGGAGAUGAAUAAGAGACAAGAUUUUGAGUUUUUUUAAGGGGUCUUUAUGGGCCUCUAUCAAACCCUGGCACUGAUGAUUUAUUUACAUAAAUAAGAUCAGUUCCUAAACAAAUAAAUCAAAUGGAAACCAUAUUUUUCACUCCUCCUAGGGAGGUGAAAAAUGAGAAAUUAAACUCCUGAAGAAGCAGCCAGAGACCACGUCUGUUUGUGUUUGCCACCUAUUGUACUUUGUUGAUCUUGACAAAAAGAAGAAAAAAAAAAAAAAAAAGACAAACGGCAUCUCUCAGGCAGUUGUGUGUCUUCAUGUCACGCUGUCCGCCACCCAGUCACCUCUCUUAUUGCUUGUUCAGUCUGACGCGAGGUACUUUAGCGGCAUGCUGCCUCCUGGAUGUUCCACAAAAACUAUAUUAUAACUCGUUUUUAAUGAGCUGAAGAACAAACGCCUCGCUGCUUCUUGUAGAGUAAAACAUGCGUCGUUAUUUUAUUGCUGCGGCUAUGAUAAAACAAUAAAUUAGCACUGUGGUCGCACAACGUGCAUGGAGAUGGUGUGCAUAAAGACAAAGGACAGUGUUCACACCGACGCUUACACAUAUUGUUUACAGUGUUUAUUGGACUAGUUGUCUAUUGAAUUACAAGCUGAGAUGUUAAAGUGUAAUGCUUUAGGUUCAUUUGACCUUGUACAUUUGUUUAUAAAGCAGCGGGAAUAUGAGAUGCAGCAAAAACUUUGACUAUGUGCUCACAGUGUACCUCUCGUAUCGGUUUUGCUUCUUAUUUAAAAGAACGAGCAACAAAACUAGUCAACAGAUAAUGUAUUUUAACGCCUGGCUUGCAUCUCCAUUCCAUGUUCAUAGUACAUUUUGUAGAAUAUUUAAAGGAUUUGCUUGAAAAUUUGUCUAUUUGUAUUGAAAACUGAAGCAAAUUUGUACAUUCUGAGUGAUGUUUUGGAAACGGAAAAAUUGUUUUAAAUUGUGUUUAUGUGCAGUGCAGCAGGGGUGUAACUGGAAUUAGACCUUCUUCUCUUCUUCUGCUGUCUGUCUCGCGCUCUGUGAUGCUUCUUUUGUAUUGUUUUGCCACACAAAGACUUGAAAUGAUUAAUGCUAAUAUAUACAUGGCAUAUAUAUGAAUUUAUACAUAUAUAUUUUUGUUUUUUCUUUGCCAUAAGUUAAUGUCAUGUAUAGAUGAGAGAAGAGAGUCCUCUAUAAAGGCUAUUUUUGAAUAUUUUGUUAUGAGAAAUAAUCCAAGGUUGUGAUUGCCCUGUUUCUGUCUUCAGGCAGGAGUCUUUCAAGAAAUUUAGUUUAGUUUAGAAUUUAGUUCUUGUCAUUGUUGACUGUCAUGACUUGUUUUCUCCCCUCACACUCUGUUGUUGGUGCCAUUUCUGCUCGGUCUAUAAUCAGAAUUGCUGCUGUUUUUUGGGAUAUGAGUGCUUUUGUGUGUGUGUGUGUGUGUGUGUGUGGGUGUGUGUGUGUGGGUGUGUGUGUGGGUGGAAUUAUAUUUGCGAGGUUGAGAUCAACAUAACUUUUUUUUUUUUUUUAAAUCCCUUCUUGAUUGACUCUGGGCGUACAGCACAUAAGGAAAGGCUGAGAAGUAAUUUUCUAUAAAAAGCCCUUCUUAGUUUGCAGCUUUUAAUUGCUCCUGCCUGCAGAAAGGUGCCAUCGGUUCAUGGCACAGGGCAUUCAGACUCAGGCUGGAUGAUUGAAAGAAGUUUUUUGAUGCUAUGAUAUCCCAGUCUGUUUGAUUUUAACCGAACAAUCCCCGCCAUGAUGCUGUGUCUAGUAUAGUCUCUGUUUCCAUCUCAGCUAUGUCAACUCAGCAAGACUUUCAACUUUUCUCUUCACUGUACUCGUUUAAUGAAUAUCACUCCAUUGCUUAAAGUUUUUAUAUGAAUCAUGAGUAUCCACUGUGACCCUCACCCUAGUCCCUUUAUCCUUUUUAAAACAAUCUCGAUAGUAGAAACUGCGAAACAGACAGUCAGAUAAUGACAAUUCUAUCCUCUUAUUUUUUUGCACAACUGUAUUCCUCAGAUUCUUAACCAUAAAUCAGUAUUAAUGUUCUGCAUGGAUGGCUAAUUUAAAAAUGAACGGCAUAUGUUCCUUCCAAGUAUUUGCCCAGAUGUUAUGAGUGACACGCAUCUUAGUCAGAGGUCAAAGCAAAUAUAUAUGUAUAUAUAUAUAUAUAUAUAUAUAUAUAUACACAUACAUACAUGUUGGAUUGAGAGCUAAACAUCAGGCAACAGUUUACAUAAUUUACGAAUGAAACUUGGCACACGUUGGUCACAUUGGAUGUUUUUUUAAUUCCUCUCGUGCUCUAUAAGCACUCCAAAAUAAUUUUUUUUUGUUUCCAUUUUGUUUUUGUUUUUUAGGGCUAAAUUAUAUUUAGUAGUAAACCCCCCUUCUCCGACUACAUACAGUAGGUAUGUUUUGGUGGAGGAUCUGGCAGUGAGCAGCUCUUGGCACUGAACGCAACAUGUCAGUGUUUUUAACACGUGUUAAAAACACUGACAUGUCCUGCCGUGUUACCUAGAAUGCAAUAAGAGAGAUGUGUAUGUUUUAUGUAGACAUCUUUUUGGCAUUACAGCAGAAAUGCACAACAAUAAGCUUCAGUGUGGUGAGUGUGCUGCACAAUCUGUACAAAGAGGUAUUAACUUGGUCUGUGGCUUAAAGUUUGCUUUCGUCUCACUUCUCAUAGCUGUUGUAACUUAUGUCUUUUAGAAAGACAACAUGAUUUUGCUCGUAUGCUUUUUAUGUAUUUUUUACGAGUGAUUGUAAAUAGUUGUUAUAUUUUUGUUUAAGAGAAUGUUUAAAAAGGAAAAAAAUACCUUUUAUUUCUCAAAGUCUACUGAUAAGAAUUUGGACAAUGAAUAAAAUGUUAAAACGA